UUCAGAUCAACCAGAGCAGCAGCAGCAGGAGGAGAAGAUUUACUGGUUUUAUGAGGAUUUUAUCAAGUUUCUGCUCAGAGAAGAACGUUUUAUAUUUCACUAAAUCGCUGCUGGUGUGAAGAAAAAAGGUGUUUUUUGGUUUUGUUUUUAAUCUGUGAACAUUUUGACUCUUUUUCUGACUUGUGGAAAAUUUGGGGACUAUUUUGUGGUUUUUUAUUCCUAUUUUCAAUCGAGACUGUGAAGAAAACUCCAGGAAUUGUUGGCAAUUUUUAGUUUUGCCUUUAAAAAUUCACCUCUUUGGUAAAAUGAGCUGGACGCAGCUGUUCAGGAUUGUGUUGUGUUUGCUGAGUCUGCAGGCUGCUGCUGCUCUGCCUGCUUCAGACUGUAAAGGAGAUGAGUGCAGCAGAGACCAGACCUCCCCUUCUUCUUCUUCUUCUCCUUCUUCUUCUUCUUCUUCUUCUUCGUCUUCUUCUUCUUCUGGUAAAUCCUCCUUGGAUCGGUUCGUCCAGGUAAAUUCUCCAAACGGCGGAGAGAGAAAACACCGAGACGCCGGCGCCGUCCUUCCCUUCGUCGGCCUCACCGGCAGUUCCGAACAGAGUCGGAGCUGCUGUAAAAAUGGAGGAACCUGCAUCCUGGGAAGCUUCUGCGCUUGUCCUCCUUCUUUCACCGGCAGGAGCUGCGAAUACGACCAACGCAUCAGGAGUUGUGGUUUGAUUCCUCACGGUGAAUGGGUUCAGAAAGGUUGCUCCUACUGCCGCUGUGGUUACGGCGUCCUGCACUGUUUCCCCCACGUCUUCCAUAAAGACUGUGAUGACUCAGAGGAGGUUCGCUGGUAUCGUUCAUCAGCUGUCAACAUGGUUCCAACCAGCUACUUUCUGGUUCUGCUUCUUCUUCUGCUCCACUUCCUCUGAACGAUGGUAGAAAAUAACAGACUUUUGGAUGGAAACUCCAGGAUUUAUGUUAAACACUGAGCUGUGGACUCCAACAAAUCUGUUUCUAAAUCACUCUGAGCCUCCUCAUUGAAUAUAGCUGGGAAACUUGAAAACAAGAGUUCUUAAAAGCAGCAUUUCUGAAUUUGCGGUUUAUGGAACCUUUAGUAAAAUUGUGCAUUAUGAGGACCUUACAUGACGUUAUGGUUUAUGGGGACCUAAUGUUCUCUGCAUAUAAACUGAGUUAUUUAUAGCUGCUUUCCAUCUGAAGCUGAAGUUUAUUUAUUCAGCACCGUAUGAUGCAAUAAAACAGACGACAAAUAGCUUCUUUUAGUGAAAACUUUGGUAGGACACAAACCCAACUUGUGACAGUUUUUUGCAAGAUGGUAUUAAUAUAGUUUUGCCAAUUUAAAUCUUGUCACUCUGGUCUCAUAACUUCUGGUUUAACAGUGAUAGAAGUUCUUCUUGUUUAAACUGUCAGCCUGUUUGUCUGUGAUGUAUUGAACAACCAGAGAUGUGUCUGAAGGAAACUGUACAUAAGAUUUUUAUGGAGAAUAUGUUUUGGUUGUUUUUGUUUUUUUGGGUAAUUUUUUAAUCCAUAACUGAAAACCAGCUGAUUUUUUUUUCUUUGUGAAAGAAGAUGCAGAGUUUUAAACUUUGCUGCUUCUGUCUGUUUGCACAAACUGAGCUGAUGUGACUUUCUGUCCUUAAAUAUAAACAUGUAUGUGUUUAUUAAAGAUUUACGG